AUGGGGGCGGAUGUCGAAGCCGCCGGGCUGAAGAAACUAGAGUACCUUUCUUUAGUUUCCAAAGUAUGCUCGGAGCUGGAGACGCAUCUAGGGUUUGGCGACAAGGUCCUGGCUGAAUUCAUCACGGAGAUGGGUCGGAAUUGCGACAACGUGGACGAAUUUGACGCCAAAUUGAAGGAGAACGGAGCCGAGAUGCCGGAUUACUUCGUCCGCACGCUCCUCACGAUCAUUCACGCGAUUCUGCCGCCGAAAGAGAAGUUGAAAUCGGAAAAUGAGUUGAAAGAGGGGGCCAAAUCCGCGUUUUCUGCUCUAAAAAUCAAGGACGGAAAGGACAGGGUGAAAGAGCUGGAGAAGGAGAUCGAAGAUGAAGUGAGGAAUCAGAGGAGAUUGGAGGAUGACGAGUAUAACAAGUCCAGGGAUAGGGACAGACGAGACCGAAGAAGAGAUCGAGAUAGGGAGAAGGGUGGAGAAAGGGGCAGAUAUGAAGAUAGAGAUGGGGAGAAGGGUGGAGAAAGGGGCAGGUAUGAAGAUAGGGAGGAGAGGGGCAGGCAUGGGGAUAGAGAUGGCUAUGGAAACGAGAAGGGAAGGCGAAGAGAUGGUGACAGGGACAGGGAUAGGGACAGGGACAGAGACAGAGACAGGGACAGGAAUAGAGGCGAAAGGGAUUGGAGGAACUCACACGAGCGAGAGAGGGAAAACUGGUCGGAUGAGCCAGAAUUGUACCAAGUUUACAAAGGAAGGGUUUCCCGGGUCAUGGACAAGGGAUGCUUUGUACAGCUUCAGGAUUUCCGAGGAAAAGAGGGUCUUGUCCACGUGUCCCAGAUUGCGACCCGUAGGAUCUCGAAUGCUAAGGACGUGGUCAAGAGGGAUCAGGAGGUCUACGUGAAGAUCAUCUCUGCUAAUGGGAACAACCUGAGCCUUUCGAUGAGGGACGUGGACCAGAAUACAGGUAAGGACCUCUUGCCCUUGAGGAAGAGUGACGUGGAUGGGGACCGUGCUGUGGCCAACCCCUCGUCUAGAAACAGCAAUGGUGAAGGAGGCACAGGGAGCAGGAUUGGUCUGUCAGGAAUCCGGAUCACGGAUGAGUACGAUACCGGGCCCUCCCGGAGGCCUCUGAAGCGGAUGAGUUCACCCGAGCGGUGGGAGGCCAAGCAGUUGAUUGCUUCUGGCGUGAUGAGCAUGAAGGAGCUGCCAAUGUUUGACGAGGAGGGUGAUGGGGUUCUGUACCGGGAGGAAGGCGCGGAGGAGGAGCUGGAGGUCGAGCUGAAUGAGGAUGAGCCAGCCUUCCUGCAGGGACAGAGCAGGUACUCCAUGGACAUAUCCCCCGUGAAGAUAUUCAAGAACCCAGAGGGUUCCCUGAGCCGUGCGGCUGCACUUCAGUCAGCCCUGAUAAAGGAGAGGCGGGAAGUUAGGGAACAACAGCAGAGGACAAUGCUGGAUUCAAUCCCCAAGGAUCUGAAUCGGCCGUGGGAGGAUCCCAUGCCCGAAACAGGCGAGAGGCAUCUCGCUCAGGAACUGAGGGGCGUUGGGCUGUCAGCGUACGAUAUGCCUGAGUGGAAGAAGGACGCGUAUGGGAAAGCCCUGACCUUCGGGCAGAGGUCAAAGCUUUCGAUCCAGGAGCAGAGGCAGAGCCUGCCGAUCUACAAGCUGAAGAAGGAGCUGAUUCAGGCGUGCAACGAUAACCAGGUGCUGGUCGUCAUUGGCGAGACCGGGUCAGGAAAGACAACCCAGGUGACGCAGUACCUGGCGGAGGCGGGCUACACGACCAGGGGCAAGAUUGGGUGUACGCAACCCCGUAGGGUGGCAGCCAUGUCUGUGGCGAAGAGGGUGGCUGAGGAAUUUGGCUGCCGCCUGGGGGAGGAGGUAGGGUACGCUAUUCGAUUCGAGGACUGCACAAGCCCGGAGACCGCGAUCAAGUACAUGACGGAUGGUAUGCUCCUGAGGGAGAUUCUGGUCGACGAGGACUUGUCACAGUACUCGGUGAUAAUGCUGGAUGAGGCUCACGAGAGGACGAUCCACACUGAUGUCCUUUUUGGACUGCUGAAGCAGCUUGUGAAGAGGAGGCCCGACCUUCAUCUGAUUGUCACAUCAGCAACUCUGGAUGCAGAGAAGUUUUCUGGGUACUUCUUCAACUGCAACAUAUUUACUAUUCCAGGAAGGACUUUCCCUGUGGAGAUACUCUACACCAAGCAGCCGGAGAGUGACUACCUGGAUGCAUCACUGAUUACUGUUAUGCAGAUCCACUUGACUGAACCCGAAGGUGAUAUACUUCUGUUCUUGACCGGUCAGGAGGAGAUUGAUUAUGCGUGUCAGUGUCUGUAUGAGAGGAUGAAGGGUCUUGGUGGAAAUGUGCCGGAGCUGAUUAUUUUACCUGUGUAUAGUGCUCUGCCUAGUGAAAUGCAGUCCAGGAUUUUUGAUCCAGCGCCUCCGGGAAAGAGAAAAGUGGUGGUCGCCACCAAUAUUGCCGAGGCUUCUUUGACUAUCGAUGGCAUAUUCUAUGUUAUUGAUCCGGGUUUCGCUAAACAGAAUGUAUACAACCCAAAGCUGGGUCUCGACUCGCUCGUGAUAACCCCCAUAUCGCAAGCGUCAGCCAAGCAGAGGGCGGGUAGAGCGGGACGUACUGGGCCUGGAAAGUGCUACCGCCUUUACACAGAAAGUGCAUUCCACAAUGAGAUGUUGCCCACUUCGAUUCCAGAGAUACAGAGGAUUAAUCUCGCGAUGACUACUCUUAAUUUGAAAGCUAUGGGAAUUAAUGAUCUUUUGUCUUUUGACUUUAUGGAUCCUCCUGCAGCUCAGGCCCUCAUUUCUGCUAUGGAACAGCUGUACAGUUUGGGGGCUCUGGAUGAAGAGGGGUUGCUCACUAAAUUGGGUAGGAAAAUGGCCGAGUUUCCUUUGGAUCCUCCACUGUCCAAAAUGCUUCUGGCCAGCGUGGACCUCGGCUGCAGUGAUGAGAUUUUGACCAUCAUUGCUAUGAUCACAACCGGUAAUAUCUUCUAUCGACCGAGGGAAAAACAGGCUCAGGCAGAUCAGAAGAGGGCAAAGUUUUUCCAGCCAGAAGGCGACCAUUUGACUCUACUUGCUGUGUAUGAAGCAUGGAAGGCAAAGAAUUUUUCGGGCCCGUGGUGUUUCGAGAAUUUUGUUCAGUCUCGUUCGUUGAGGAGGGCACAGGAUGUUAGGAAACAACUUCUCUCCAUCAUGGACAAGUACAAGCUAGACGUCGUGAGUGCUGGCAAGAACUUUCAGAAGAUCCGCAAAGCCAUAGCUGCUGGCUUCUUUUACCAUGCCGCUAGGAAGGACCCACAAGAAGGCUAUAGGACACUGGUCGAGAACCAGGUGGUUUAUAUUCAUCCAAGCAGUGCCUUGUUCCAGAGACAGCCGGACUGGGUUAUCUAUCACGAGCUGGUCAUGACAACUAAGGAGUAUAUGCGUGAGGUGACUGUAAUAGAUCCUAAGUGGCUUGUUGAGCUGGCACCGAGGUUCUUCAAGGUGUCUGAUCCUACAAAAAUGAGCAAGCGAAAGAGGCAGGAGAGAAUUGAGCCGCUAUAUGAUAGAUAUCACGAACCGAAUUCUUGGCGUUUGAGCAAAAGGCGUGCUUGA